AUGACACGAUUCUGGGAAACUGAAGAAAUCUCAGACACUGCCGCCUUAACUAACGAAGAUCAGUAUUGUGAGGACUUUUAUAAAUCCACUACGGAAAGAUUAGCUGACGGGAAAUACGUGGUGCAAAUGCCCAUGAAAGCAAACUACAGCGCUCAACUAGGAGCUACUAAGUCGCAAGCCCAAGCUCAGUUCCUACAACUCGAGAGGAAAAUGCUAAGGAACAGUGACCUACGCAGGGAAUAUCAUCGUUUUAUGGAGGAGUACAUUUCCCUGGGUCACAUGAAGCCCAUAACUGCGGAAACGCGUAGUAAAAAUCAAGUAUAUUUACCACAUCACGGGGUUCUAAGGGCAGAGUCUACAACGACAAAAUUGAGAGUUGUUUUUAACGCAUCUUACAAGGCGAACAAUAACAACAGCUUGAACGAUCUUAUGUAUUCAGGCCCAAACUUACAAAAGGAUAUGUUUACCCUACUUAUUAACUGGCGUACGUAUCGAUACGUCUUCACGGCAGAUGUCGAGAAGAUGUUUAGAUAUAUAUGGCUGAAAGAAGAACAACAGCAUCUACAAACUAUUGUAUGGCGAUCUUCUACGGAUGAACCUUUACGUGAAUGGCAACUAUGCACUGUAACCUACGGCAUGAAAAGCGCGCCUUUUCUAGCCAUGCGCACAUUACAUCAACUAGCACAGGAUGAAAAGGAUAAUUAUCCUGAGAGCGCCAACGCCUUACAAAAUUACUUCUACAUGGACGAUCUCGUCCAUGGCCAGAACAGCAUUGAGGAUGCGAAGAGGGUGGUCGCUGAACUCAUUGCACUACUGAAAAAAGGCGGUUUCAACUUAAGAAAGUGGACGAGUAACGAAGCAUCUAUACUAGAGGGCUUGCCAGAUAACCAGAAAAGCACUAAAGCUAAUAUAGAAUUCAGCCCUGAAACCUCCAAUACGAAGAUGUUAGGGAUGAUGUGGAAUCAAAAACAGGAUACAUUUACUUAUCAAUGGAGACUAUGUGAGCAGAAAUCUCUGACGAAACGAAUAUUAUUGAGUGAGAUAAGUAAAUUAUACGAUCCUCUUGGUUUCCUAUCGCCUGCGACUAUAAAAGCAAAACUACUUUUUCAAAAGGUUUGGAUCAGCAAAACCAACUGGGAUGACAGUUUGCCGUAUGACAUAACUGCAGAGUGGGAAAAAUUGAGAAAGGAAUUUCCUUCUAUCAACAAGAUUUCGGUUACACGAUGGCUUCAGUGUACAGAGGAUACAAUCGAGAUUCACGGCUUUUGCGACGCAAGCGAAAAGGCAUACGCGUGUGUCGUUUAUAGUCGAGUGAAAAACAGCAAUGGAGACUUUACAACUACGAUAAUCGCCGCUAAAACAAAGGUGGCGCCGCUUAGUAAAAAGAUGUCUUUGCCUAGACUGGAACUCUGUGGAGCACUGUUACUCGCCAAACUUAUGGAGAAAAUUAAGAGCACUCUUUCUUACAAAAAUCUCCAAAUACAUUGCUGGAGUGACUCGAAGGUCGUUUUAGCAUGGCUACAGGGAGACAUAAAUAGGUGGGACAAGUACGUCGCCAAUAGAGUGACACAAAUAAACAAUAUUAUCCCUGCUAAACAAUGGGACUACGUUAAGUCGGAAGAGAACUCUGCGGACUGUGCUACUCGAGGGCGAUGA